UGUGCAUGGUUUGUAUGGUACAGUGGUAGCGAAGACCCAGUAAACUAACAGUAGGCCCCUACGUAAAAUAUCAAAACACAUUCGAAAUGCCGCACAGAACAACUUUACAAACCCUGUGGAAGACGAAAUUGAAGCAUGCUUUCAAUCAAGUUGUCGUGGGAAAACUUUUUCGCAUACAAAAGGAAUGCAUCAUAGUGGGUUGUGAGGACGGGAUCAUCAGAGUCUAUGACAUUCCAUCGGGACAUCCAUCAAGCACAGAGUUACCUGAAAUAGAACCACACCUUUGCCUGGAAACCAAGGGGGGACCGGUCCAGUCACUGGUCCUGGCAGACAUCACCCGCUUCAGCGAGGCGGACCUGAUUGCCGGCGACUCGCGUGGUACCAUGACCAUCUUCUGCAAUGGUCAAAUCUUGAGCAGGCAGAGCUUAUCGGGUCACAGUUUGGGUCACCUGCAAGUGGAUACUGAUGCCACCGGUAAUGUGAGUGUAAUCACUGGUGAUACAGGGGGAGUUGUGCACGCACAAUUACCGUACAGUCAUCUUUGGAAGCUGAGACUGGACUCACCGAUGCAGGAGGCAGAGAGUCGGCCUAGUGUUGUCAAGUGUCUCCUAGCAGCCAAUCUGGUCGGUUCCUCAGGCCGAAGGAGCAACUAUAUCCUUGCCUCAGAUGACUGCCGGAAUCUUCAUUUCAUUCAGCAAGGACUGAUUGUGCUGACGUUGCCGACUCCGUCAGUUAUUACAGCGAUGUGCUGUGGCAACUUCCUGCCCAAAGAGGAGGUGCAGCAGAUCUCAGAGAUGCCUGAAGCAACCGCCAGUCAAGUUGCGCUGGGAGGUAAUGAUGGCUCCAUCAUCAUUAUGACCGACUUCCAGAUCCACACAACUGAGUAUGCGAAUUUCCAGCUUCCCAUCAUGCACCUUGGCGCCAUAGCAACAGGGCACGCUGACGAAUUAGAUUCCAUGUUGUGUGCUGGUUACAGUCACUCCCUUGCACUGUACCACAGCAGGAAGUUGCUGAACCAGUACGAGGCCUCUGACUGGAUCAACUCGCUGGCCGUAGCCGACCUGGACAAAAACGGAGAGCCAGAAGUGUUGAUUGGCUGUAGAGAUGGAACUGUAGAGGCAGUCAAGGUCACAUGACGAUUUGUAUCCCUGACAAGCACUUGAUGGAUCAAAACAAGCCCUGAAACUCAGUGGUACUGACGAGUUAUGGGACCAGUGUCUCAUGUGCGCACCCAUCUGUCCACCUGUACUGAGGAGAGGCAGAAAUAGGUUUAGAGACGCAGUUGUUGCUUGUUCAAAAUCUACAAAGCCCCUUUCUACAUAAAUCUUCAACCCUUUUGACAAGGCAUCGCAUUCUUUCCAAAAUACUGGAUGCAGGGGAAACAUGGCCUCAGACGGCGCCAAGGGCGUCAGUGUAAUGAGUAUCCCUAAGUAAGUGUUUAAAAUUGGCUGGGGACAGGCAGAUACAUGCAUUUCAAUCCUAGAUGAAACUUUGUAUACAUGUAGAGUAAUUCGAUAACCAGAAGUAGAAGCCAUUACUGCAGUGGACACAGACAGGUGGCGUGCGUGCGUUACAUGCCCCGUUGACCAAUAGGGUGUCAUGACUUGCCAAAUGCGCAUGUGAAUGUGCAUGUGAGUGCAGUGUCACUGUAGUUAUGGCGUCCAAUCGGAUUAGUCUGUAGGAUUGCUGGAGUACGGAGUGUAGACUCUGCAUAAGCAAAAGAGGCUUUUAUGUUUUAAGUAUACUACGGUUUCUGCUCUCCAGUCACUGUCGACAUGCAUAGUCUGCAUAAGACAAGAUGGCACCGAGUGGCUCCUGAAUAUCUGUGUUCUCUCGGGCGGUGGGAGGUGUUACAAAUGCAUUUGUACAAGAACACUGCCAAAGAGAGACUCCAUCUGUGACAGUGUGCACCCUGCUACACAGAGUAACUGCUGCAUGACGGGUAAAUUCUGAACAAUUUUGGUUGUAGGGAAAUAAAAAAAAAAAUUCUUCACAAUCUGCCUAAAUAUUUCACACCACAAAAAAAGUUGGGGAUGAUUCAGUGGCCCCCCCCGGGAAAUUUUAGCCAGAGGAUAUAUGCCUUAUUCCCCCCCCCCCCGGAAUAUACCCAUGGGCACAGUACAUGUACUUCUGUCAGAGAUGGGUAUGAACCCAGCUUUGGAGAAUGGCCGAGGAUAAUUGACACUGAUACUGUCCCUGGCCUUCAUCUCAGGCGCUGUAUUAGCGUCCAUUCUCCUGAUCAAGUAAGAAUGGUGUCGCGCAUAUCUAUUCCCUAAAGUCAGAAUAUGAAAUCAUGGUGUUCCAGAGCACCGGAGCGCAACGGAGCCACACCAAGGACACGCCCCCUCACGCCCUUGAAGUGGAGUGUGCGACGCCCGCUGAGGUCGCCCGUACUGCAUCCGCAAUACACGGCGGGGGACACGCGGAGGACGCGUUCCAGUGGUAUAUAGCGGACCCUGCAGCAUCCAGACUUCAGUUGCCUGAUGAAGGCUAGCAGCACAAGCAGCCGAAACGUCGCUACCAGCAACAUGAC